AUGAACUUUGCUAAAUUGGAUGAUGAGUCUCUCCCUAAAAGACUCGUCAGUCGUUUACCCAAACUACAAAACUUCAAUAAAAAUGAUGAAGAAUCAAAUAUAAAUUUCAUACCUUUACCUUCAUCAUCAACAACAACUUUAAUAACUCCAAAUUCAACAAAUCAUUCAAAUGAACCAUCUCCAAAACAAUCCAUCCAAUUAAAUACCCAAGAACAAGACCAAGGAUUCAUAAUAAAUAAUGAACAACAACAAACAAAAUGGUCAAAAUUUCGAGCUAUAAUGAUUAAAUAUUCAAAAUUUAUUGGACCUGGUUUAAUGGUUUCAGUUUCUUAUAUGGAUCCAGGAAAUUAUUCAACUGCAGUUGCCGCGGGGUCUGCACAUAAAUAUAAACAUUUAUUUUCCAUAUUAUUAUCAAAUAUCCUUGCUGCUUUUUUACAAAUUUUAUGUGCAAAAUUAGGUGCUGUUACUGGAUUAGAUUUAGCACAAAAUUGUAGAGAACAUUUAUCACCCAAAUUGAAUUUAUGUAUUUAUAUCCUUGCUGAAAUUGCUAUUAUUGCAACUGAUUUAGCUGAAGUUAUUGGUACGGCAAUUUCAUUAAAUAUUUUAUUUGGUUUACCUUUAAUUUUAGGUGUUGUUUUAACAAUUGUUGAUGUUUUGAUUGUAUUGAUGUUUUAUAAACCAAAUGGUGAUAUGAAAAUUAUUAGAAUUUUUGAAAUGUUUGUUAGUUUAUUAGUUGCGCUAACAGUGGUUUGUUUUACAAUUGAAUUAAUUAAUGUUGAUUUUAAAUUUAAUGAAGUUAUGACUGGGUUUUUACCAAGUCAAGAUAUUGUUAAAGGUGAUGGAUUAUAUCUAAGUUUAGCUAUUUUGGGUGCAACUGUAAUGCCUCAUUCAUUAUAUUUAGGUUCAGGUUUAGUUCAACCAAGAUUAAGAGAUUAUGAUGUUAAAAAUGGGAAUUAUAAACCUGAUGUUUUGGAUGAAUCUCAUUUAAAUUAUAAACCUUCAAUGGAUGCUAUUAAUGAUAUAAUGAAUUAUACAAUAACUGAAUUAAUUGUUUCAUUAUUUACAGUUGCCCUUUUUGUGAAUUCUGCAAUUUUAAUCGUUUCAGGUUCAACAUUAUCUGGAGAAACAAAUACAGAUUUAUUUUCAAUUUAUGAAUUAUUAUCAACAAAUUUAAGUCAUUUUGCUGGAUUAAUCUUUGUGCUUGCUCUAUUAUUUUCAGGUCAAAGUGCAGGUAUUGUUUGUACAUUAUCUGGACAAAUGAUCUCUGAGGGGUUUUUACAUUGGUCAUUACCACCAACUUUAAGAAGAUUAUUAACUAGAUCUGUGGCAAUUGCUCCAUGUUUUAUACUUGUUCUUGUAUCGGGUAGAAAUGGUCUUAGUGGUGCAUUAAAUGCUUCACAAGUUAUAUUAUCAUUAUUAUUACCAUUUGUUUCAGCUCCUUUAAUUUAUUUCACUGCUAAAAAGGAAAUUAUGAAGGUUAAUUUAAAUAAUAAUUGUUAUAAUGAUCAACAAAUUGAUAUUCCUUUAAAUGAUUUGAAUGAUGAACAAUUAAAUGAUCAAUUAGAGAAUGAUCCAAUAAUUGCUUAUAAAGAUAUGAGUAAUUCAAAAUUAACAAAUUUUAUUGCUAUAAUAAUUUGGUUAUUUAUAACUUGUUUGAAUUUCUUUUUGAUUGUUUCAUUUUUAAUGGGUAAAGAUGUUAAUUUUUAA